CAUCACCAGUUCUGCCUGACUAUCGGGCUCAUUGGUCACCGUACCGUUAGCCGGUCAAGUCGUGUUCUUCUACGUUGUCCAUCCAGCGAAUCAACAACAAUGACUCAGCACAAGUGCUACUGCGGACCGGGUUACGCGACCCCGCUGGAUGCUGUACGGGAUGGCCCGCGGGAGAAGCUGCUGUACGUGGUUACGGUGCAGCCGAAGUUGGACGAACCCCACGGAGACUACCUCUCGACGGUCGAUGUGGACCCCGACAGUCCGACGUUUUGCCAGGUCAUCCACCGUACGUAUACGAAUAGCACCGGGAACGAGAUGCACCAUAGCGGGUGGAAUACCUGCUCGAGUUGUCACUUUGUGGAAGAGAAGGGAAAGGCGCCGCAACGGGAUCGGCUGAUCUUGCCGUGUUUGAACUCGGACCGGAUCUUUAUCGUGGACGUUGGAAGUGAUCCAAGGGCGCCGAAAAUGGCCAAGGUCAUUGAGGGAGACGUGCUGAAGAAGGCGAACGUGACGGCUCCGCAUACGACCCACUGCUUGCCCAACGGGAACGUAAUGAUCUCGACGAUGGGUGAUGCCGAGGGUAAUGCAAAAGGCGAGUUUAUCGAGUUUGACAAAAACUUUGAGUUUGUUGGGACGUGGACGAAGGGGGAGACUGCCCUGUGUGGGUAUGACUACUGGUAUCAACCGCUGUUCAACGUGAUGGUAGCCUCGGAGUGGGGUGCGCCGAAAUUGUUCCGCCGUGGCUGGCGUGACUCCGAUCUGGACGAUCCUACCCAGUACGGGCGGCGUCUCAACUUUUACAAGUGGAACGAGCGAGAGUUGUUCCAGACGAUUGAUUUGGGUGAUGAAGGAGUUUGUCCUUUGGAGAUUCGAUUCCUGCACAACCCGAAAGAGAACCAAGGGUACGUUGGAUCUACGCUGUACUCCAAGGUUUACCGGUUCUACAAAGACGAAAAGUCCGACAAAUAUCUAACGGAAAAAGUGAUUGAUUGCCCGGCCAAGAAGGUCACCGGCGCCGGCAGUGAAUACAUCAACGGCAUGAUGACCGACAUCCUAAUCUCCCUGGAUGACCGUUUCAGCUACUUCUCCAACUGGAUGCACGGCGAUGUCCGCCAGUACGAUAUAACCGAUCGCUCCAACCCCAAACUAACCGGCCAGGUGUGGUUGGGCGGGGCCAUCCUGAGCGAUUCCUCCGUAAAAGUCAUUGAGGACAAAGAGCUCACCAAACAGCCAGAUCCAACUUUCAUUAAGGGACGACGACUGCUGGGAGGACCGCAAAUGUUGCAACUGUCACUCGACGGAAAGCGCCUGUACGUGUCCUCAAGUUUGUUCUCCCCCUGGGACAAGCAGUUCUACCCGGAGAUGGUCAAAGCGGGCGGCACCAUCGUACAAAUUGAUAUCGACACGGUCAACGGCGGAAUGACACUCAACGAGAACUUUCUGGUCGAUUUCGCCAACGAACCGUACGGGCCAUCCCUGCCCCACGAAAUGAGGUACCCGGGUGGCGAUUGCACUUCCGACAUCUGGAUCGUAAACGAAUAAUUCAAACCUCGGGAGAAAGUGCCAGGCUAUCGCGUUACAUUCCAAGAGUGCAAGUGCAAGAACGUGAUUAAGCCCAGCACAGCAAAUAAAAAUCCCAUUCCCGUUCCGAAAGAUUGCGAAACCACCAGAGUAUCACCACUUGCAUUAGCAGAGAUUGGAGCGGCAGUGAAAUGGAAGCGAUUAGGGUGAUGUUACGCAAGUUUGAAUUAUAAUGUAUUUUAUGUCGAAAAAAUAAAGAGAAAAUUGUUUCGUUUGUACAUA